AUUGGGGAGAUGGCGCUGAGCACGCUACUCCUGCUGCUGGUGGCUGCCCUGGCCCCGACCCAGACCCGCGCGGGCUCACACUCGAUGCGGUAUUUCGAGACCUUUGUGUCCCGGCCCGGCCUCGGGGAGCCCCGGUUCAUCUCUGUCGGCUACGUGGACGACACGCAGUUCGUGCGCUUCGACAGCGACGCGAAGAAUCCAGGAUACGAGCUGCGUGCGCCGUGGGUGGAGCAGGAGGGGCCGGAGUAUUGGGAGCGGAACACUCGGAGAGCCAAAAAGGCAGAGAAGAUUUUCCGAGUGAGCCUGAGGACCCUGCUCCACUACUACAACCAGAGUGAGGGCGAAUCUCACACAGUCCAGCACAUGUAUGGAUGUGAUGUGAGGUCGGACGGGAGGCUUCUCCGCGGAUACAUGCAGCUCGCCUACGAAGGGCGCGAUUACAUCGCCCUGAACCAAGACCUGAAAACCUGGACGGCAGCGGACAUGGUGGCCCAGAUCACCAGACACAGGUGGGAGCAGACUGGUGAAGCAGAGAUACACAGGGAUUACCUGGAGGGUGAGUGCGUGGAGUCGCUCCGCAGAUACCUGAAACUCGGGAAGGAGACGCUGCUGCGCACAGAUCCCCCAAAGGCCCGUGUGACCCAUCACCCCAGAUCUGCAGGUGAUGUCACCCUGAGGUGCUGGGCCCUGGGUUUCUACCCUGCUGAUAUCACCCUGACCUGGCAGUUGAAUGGGGAGGACCUGACCCAGGACAUGGAGAAUGUGGAGACCAGGCCAUCAGGAGAUGGAACCUUCCAGAAGUGGGCAUCUGUGGUGGUGCCUCUUGAGAAAGAGCAGAAUUACACAUGCCAUGUGUAUCAUGAGGGUCUGCCUGAGCCCCUCAGCCUGAGAUGGGAGCCUCCUCCAUCCAUUGAUUCUAAGAUGGCAAUCAUUGCUGUUCUGGUUGUCCUUGGAGCUGUGGCCAUCAUUGGAGCUGUGGUGGCUUUUAUGAUGAAGAAGAAGAGAAACACAGGUGGAACAGGAGGAGUCUAUGCUCUGGCUCCAGUGAUGGUUCCUGACUCUCAUUCUCUAGCAUGAAGAGAGCAGCCUGGCAUGGACUGAGUGACACAAGGUGUCUGAUGUUCCCUGUGAUUUUAUGGGCUCAGUGUGAAGAACUGUGGAGCCCAUCCUGCCCUGCACACCAGAACCCUGUCUCUGCACUGCCUGUGUUUCCUUCCUCAGCCAACCUUCCUGGGCUGAAGUAGAAACUAAGAGUUCUUUAGAAAGUUGGUUGGAUAUUGUUUUGCUGGGGCAGACAUAUGAAAUAUUUCAUUAAACUGGAUACAGGUGUGAAAGGCUAAGGCUGGGCUGGAG